GCCAGUGACACAUGGCCCAGAAGUGUGACGAGGGACUCUCAAUUAAUUAAGCUUUUUUUAAUUAAUUAAGGCCUUUUUUUUUCAUUCACUUUCUUCCUCGCUCACCCUGACACAUCGGCCCUUGUCCUCACAGGUUUCUUGUCAGUAUGACGAACCACAGAGAAGAACAGAGGGACGAAAUAGAAGCCCUGGAAGCUAUCUAUCCGAAUGAAAUCAAAGUUUUGGAAACGGAACCAAAUUAUAUAUUUGCCAUAGAACUUUCGUCACAACAAACUGAAGAGGAACCAGAAGAUUUAAUUACGAUCACCCUCCAGUUUACUCUCGACGAUGACUACCCAGACUCGGUUCCGAUCAUGGAAAUCUUGGAUUACCAGAACUUGGACGACGUGAAAGUGAAUGUCAUCUUGGAAGAUAUGAACGAAUUGGCCCAAGAAACCCUUGGAAUGGUAAUGGUGUUCACAAUUGUCUCCGCUGUCCAAGAGAAGAUUAAUGAUAUCAUUGAGCAAAACAAACAAGAAAGAGAGAAGGAAGAACUGCGGAAACAGAAAGAGCAAGAAGAAUCAGAACAGAAAACAUUUGAAGGCACGCGGGUUACCGUGGAGACCUUUAUUGCUUGGAAAGCCAGAUUCGACUUAGAAAUGAAAGAAAGCAGACGAAAUUUCAUGGAUAUUAAUCAAACAAACACUAAAUUAACAGGCAAAGAACUCUUCCAGCAAGAUUCUUCAAUGAUUGUCUCUGAUAUGGAAUUCUUGAAAGGCGAAAACGAAGCUGUGGAGGUUGACGAGUCCCUGUUCCAAGACAUUGACGAACUCGGUCUUGACGACGAAGACUUGGAAGAUUAAACUGUGUGUGUGUAUGUGUUUGUGUGUGUGCUGUCAUUAUUGUUCUUCCAACUUUUGCUUGGAAGGGGGAAGGUUGGACAUUUCGAAUGGUGGGUGUCGGUGUUGGAGUUGGAGUCGGAGUUGGUGGGUGUGGGGUGGACCGGCAAGGAGGCAGUUGUUCAGACG